AUGGACCUGGAGCUGCAUUUGCCCCCCGCCUCUGCCAUCGAAAGUUUUAUAAAAUUUGCCAAAUUUCAAUGCCACUGGAGUCAUGAGUCCUGGGUUUCGGACGCGUUCUCCGGCGGGGACAAGAGGCUGCGGGACGCUCGAAAUUUGAAAACGGGCUGCAAUUGGGCCUCUGGGCCGGAUUUUGGACAUGCCUGCUCGAGUAGUUCAGAGCUUCUGAAAGAAAAUCGGGAGUUUCAGACUGACGGGCAUUCAGAGGCAGUCCCUGAGCUUUUGACCGAGCGGCAACUGAGACCCACUGGAGCUGCUGCCCAAGUCCAGUCCGCGGCUGGCCCUGAACGGCUCUUCUCUUGCAUUCCUCCCUGCAGGACUGCUCUGCCUUCCGGGCCUGAGGACGACGAGGCAGCCAAACCCGGCCUGGAGAUCACCGUCUCCAAUCCCAGCAACCUCAAACUCGAGUGUGUCGUCUGUUACUGCUCCUAUGACCUCUCUUCCCACCUCCCUCGCCGCCUCCACUGCGGCCACGCCUUUUGCCAGGCCUGUAUCCGGCGCCUCAAUGUGUUGGCCAACGAGCAGUGGUGGGUCCCGUGUCCCCAGUGCCGGCAAAACACCCCCACCCCCCGCGGAGGGGUGGCAAUGCUUGACUUGGACCUCGCGGCCUUCCUCGCCGUCAAGUCCGAGAAGGUGCUUCCCCGGCACGGAGGCCGGCUGCAGCCGGAUCAGCUCUCCAAGGAGAAGCCGGUCCUCACGGAGCAGCUGAGCGGCUCGUGCCAGGAAGUUUUGCCUGAGCCCCAGCCCUGCUUUCCCCGGAAUGGCUGCUGCUGGUGGUGGUGCUGCUGCUGCUGCGACCCCAUUCUCUGCUGCGGAACCGCUGCAGCCUUUCCGAGCUGA